AACGGCAGCACAGGCUCAAAAUAAGACUGUAAUCGGCUCAAAUUCGAGUGGUGGCACUGAAAGUGGCGGUGUUAAGGAUGGCACAAAUAAGAGUAUUUCUAUGACCGACAUGUAUAUCGACAAUUCAGAACCCAGUGAGAAUGUUGGUCAAAUACACUUUUCUUUGGAAUACGACUUCCAGAAUACAACACUCAUCCUAAAAGUCUUGCAAGGAAAAGAGCUACCAGCUAAAGACUUAAGCGGCACUUCGGAUCCAUACGUACGUGUUACAUUGCUUCCCGAUAAGAAACAUCGCUUGGAGACAAAAAUCAAGAGACGCACAUUGAAUCCACGUUGGAACGAAACAUUUUAUUUUGAAGGAUUCCCCAUACAAAAACUACAAUCUAGGGUAUUGCAUUUGCAUGUAUUCGACUAUGAUCGGUUUUCGCGUGACGACUCCAUUGGUGAAGUGUUCCUACCACUGUGUCAGGUUGAUUUCGCUAGCAAGCAAUCAUUUUGGAAAGCACUGAAACCACCGGCUAAGGAUAAAUGCGGUGAAUUGCUUUCAUCGCUCUGCUAUCAUCCAUCAAAUUCAGUACUAACAUUAACAUUGAUUAAAGCGCGAAAUCUGAAAGCAAAAGAUAUCAAUGGCAAAUCAGAUCCAUAUGUUAAAGUCUGGCUACAAUUCGGCGAUAAGCGUGUCGAAAAACGAAAGACUCCAAUAUUUAAUUGCACACUCAAUCCUGUCUUUAAUGAGUCAUUUAGUUUCAAUGUACCGUGGGAGAAGAUACGGGAAUGCUCCUUAGAUGUAAUGGUAAUGGAUUUUGAUAAUAUUGGACGAAAUGAGUUAAUUGGAAGAAUUUUAUUGGCUGGAAAAAAUGGCUCUGGUGCUUCCGAAACUAAACACUGGCAAGACAUGAUAUCAAAGCCGCGUCAAACUAUUGUUCAAUGGCAUCGAUUAAAACCAGAGUAAACAUCACAAACACCAGAGACAGUGCGCCGCAAAGCAUCCACAAUGAAACGCGUCUUUCUGCACUACUUAUCAAGCAAUCCAAAAAGCCGUGCUAAGCCGCAGUAUAACGAAAAUGCAGACUUAUGAUAAAACUAAAGCCACUUUUCAAAAAAACAUACACCGUGUACAAAUGUCACUAUUGUUGUUAUUGCAGUUUUGGAAUUGGAAGUUGACACUGCAAUUCUCAACAUACAUAUGUGCAAACGAAGAUUUCUCCCCAUUUUUGGAUGUUGUGUUGUGUUUGCGGAAAGCACGUUCCAAAUCUGCGCAGAUAUGCUCAAUCCGCUUAAGAUCCGGAGACUGAUAGGGGUGUUACUAAAACUUUUAGGUUGUUGUACAACUACGUAUCUUUGUAUUGCAAGCUGUCUUUUCGUCAAUCUUUGAGGAUACAAUCAGGUCCAAAUAUGUUGAACUUCGUUCGUUAUUAAAAAUUACUUUCUACCAAAACUCGGUUCCAGGAUUUAAGUAAGUUUUGCGAACUCCAAACUCUUCUUAGCUAGCAGCUAACGGCAUUUUUGCAAAGCCUUUUACAAACUAAAUUUUCAAAUACUUUUUCAAGGCACUAUACAUACAUAUGUAUAAAUGUAUGAAAGUGGUAUAUUAUAAAGAAAUAUUUAAUAAGUAGUUCUUGUUUUUACAUUGCCUGCAAAUAUUCUUUUGAAAUAGAGCGUAAAUUAAAAUGUAAUCAAUUAUGAAUGCUAUCAUAAAUAUUCACAAAAUGAGUCUCUAAUCUAAACAUACGAUUGCAUAUGAACGUAUAAUAAAAUAAGCCAAAAGACGAAUAUACAUAUAUGUACAUAUGUACAUAAUACGUCUAUAAUGACAAUGUUUAAUUCUGAGCACAUUUUUCAUUCCAUGCUCAGCUCUAACUUUUAAAUUAAAAUUCUUCCUUUCGAACUAGAUGCGGACAAUUCCCAGACUUUUCCGGACCUUCUCUAUAAUUUAUGUUCUCUGGCAAUAGUGCUAUCGUUCUUUUCUUGUUAAAAAGUGUUACAGCAAUCCUUUUUCUAUUCAUUUCUAUAAUUAAUUUUAAGUCUUAAGUUUUAUUAAUACAAAAAAAGAGAUUUAUUUUCUCAUUUGAAUCAUUCACAGUAGUAAAACUGAUUUUCAAUAUGCAAAAUCUAAGUUCAUAGCCUUAAAGAUAGCGGUUAUACCACAUUAAUGAGGUGUCCGCAUACUCUCUUGUACGAAUUCAACACAAUAACUUUAUUGUUAGAUUUACAUGUAACUAUUUGGACAAGAAAGUAGAAGCGAGUAGAGAAAUGGCGAAUCGAAGACAGCUAUGUAUGUUCAGUAAACCAGACAUACUUACAUUCAUACAUACGAAUAAAUGUGGACAUGUGUUUACAUAUGGUAUAAUGUAUUUUGUAAAAAACUUUUCAUUUCAAAAUAUUCUGGCAAAUAGAAAACUUGGUAAAGAAAUUUAUUUUAUCGAAUUUAUGGGGUCAAUGACAAAAAAUUAUAGAUUUAUACAUUGCUAACAAAUGUUAAAGUAAAUUUAUGUAGACAAUAUAAUGCAAGAAACUAAGUAUUGGUUAACCAUACUAAGUUUAAUACAACCAUAGUUCCAAAUAUUGCUUUAAAAAUAAUUGAAUUAACAUUUGAAAAAGUUUUUUUUAUUUUGUGAUCUAAAAUUCUAAUCAAAUUUUUAAUCACAAACCCCAAAUAGUAUUUAAAUAAUAAACUAUAACAUGUAAAUAUUUUCAUGCAUGGUCAAAGAUAUGUAUGAAUAUUUAAAUUUGGUACUAUUCUUUAGUGUGGCUAAAAUAUUUGAAUUGUACACCAUUCCCAAAUAAAAGUACAAGUACUGUGAUUGCUAAGCACGUUUUUCCCAUAAUUUUUUUCCCAAAAGUAAAGAAAAAAAUGAGAAGAAAUGUGCCAAAAAUUUUACGAUAUGAACGCAAAAAGGGAACAUAUUCCAGAGAACAAAGCCGUAUAAAAGUAAUAAUAAUAACAUUUAAUUAAAAUCAAUUAAUAUAUGCAAAUAAAACACACAAAAAUAAAUGUAAGUGAUAAUUAAUAUUCCUGCAAAUACAAUAAAAAUAACUAAGCCAAAACUACAAAAAACAGGAGCGAAACAUGUUGAAAAUUUGCAAUUGUUAUUAGUUUAGACGUCAAAGAAAAUAAAUAAAAUAUAUACUGGAUGUAUAAUUAAAAAUGGCGAGUGUUUGUUAAAGUAUGAAUAUACAAUGCAAACGUACAUGUUAGAAUAUGAUAUUAACACUCCCAAGAAAGUAUAAAUAAUUAAAUACUACAAGUAUACAUGGUAUGUAUAUUCAUAUAUAUGUAUAUAUACAUAUCUAUAAUUGCACAUAACAGCAUACAUUGUGCAUAAAUGUACAUAUAUAUACAAAUAUGUAUUUAUUUAAAAUUACAUAUAAUAUGUAUAUGGGAUAUAUUACAGUUAAUUUGUUAAGUCGUUAAAUUUUGACUUUAAAGUCUCAAUGUAGACAUGUCGUCAAUGACAAGCAAAUACUAUUUGUCGCAACAGUGCUGUGCUAAAACCACCUGAAAAAGUGUGUGUUAAAGCUGUAAAAAUGGUAAACUAUUUUUUAAUGUUAUCAUAUUUAUUAUUGAAAUGAAACAAGCUUGAACUGCAUACUGAACUUAAAAAACUGUUGGAUACACUUGUUGUUUACAAGUACAUAUAUAUAUUUAUUUUAACAAACUAAAUUAAGAUAUAAUAAAUAUGCAUUAUUCAAAUCAUACUCAUAAGCAAAAUAUUUUUAUUUUAAAUAUACUUUGUUUAAAAUUAUGUUGUCCUUAUAGGUUCUCACAGCAUUUCUUUAUUACCCAUUCUUUUUUUGUAUAAAAAAUCAAUUUUUUAGGUUCUUUAAUAUUAUUUAUGUAGAACAAUGUAUGUAUAUUUAUGUACAUAAAUUAAUUCAAUUGUAGCGGCAGGAAAUCUAAAAAAAAAGUUAUAAAAGCGAGUCCACACUUCUGUAAAAAAGGCUACAUUUUUAAAUACUGGAGAUACAUACGAAAAAUGCAAUGGACAAUAUAUAAAACGUUUCUGCGUUAAAAAAACACUUUUUGAACUUCUAUAUUCCUUUCUGUAUACAUAUUUUAGAAAAAGCAUAUUUAAAUUGUAACACGAAAACAAUAAUUUGUCAAUUCUACAAGCUUUGUUGUUUCUCUUGACGCGUCACUACAUACGGCGCUUUGUUAAAGACUACAUGACAGAGAUAAAGAGAUCCCCAACUCUCCUGCCACUGGAAAUGUGAGAACCGCUCACCUACCGAACUUUGACAGUUGACUGGAUUGGGUAGGUUUUGACGUUUUGCAAUUGAAAUGACUGGAACGGCAAGAUUUGUUGAAUUUGUUGCCGCCGUUCAAGAUCGCUAAUAAAAACUUAAAACAAUGAAAAUCCAAGAAAAUGUGUAAUUUAAAUAUAUUUCAUGAAACGUUUUGUAAUUUGAUGCAUAAUGGAAUUAAUAUUCAAUUACAAAUUAUUAAAAACAUUUAUUAAUUGGGAACUAACAGGCUUAAUUCACCUUAUUAAGUAUUGAAAGAUCAAAAGUCAGUUGUUUUAAUAUACCAUAAAAUCAUAAAAAAGGAUUUAAGUAGUUUCGUCAUAUAUUAAAAGUCCAAUAUAUAAUAAUUUGCAAUCGUAGUAAAUGUUGAGUGUUUUAAUUUAAAAUGCCCAAAAAUUCUUAUUUUGUUCGAUCUGGCAAUAAUGGAAAAUGUUAUAAAAAACGCUUAUUUUAAGGCGCUCUCACACUUAUCCCUACUACAUGAUACAAAACUCUCUGAUUCGAGAGAGAGGUAUUAAAACUCAAUUUUAAAAAACAUUUGUCAGUGAUGCCACUUUUCAAAAAAAAUGGUUGGGCAUUUCGAUAUUUUCUUGAUUUUACAUAAGAAAUAUAUUCCUGUAUCUGCUCAAUUUACGCCUACCAGUAAGUUUACAAAUCGUAAACCUUUAUUAUAAUAAACAUGACUCGAGUAUAUUGUAUAAAUGGUUAGUUAAAGUUUUGAUAAAUCUUAUUAAACGCUACGUCAAGAAAUAUAGCACCUUGAACUCGAAUGCCUUCCUUAUUUCAUUUGUAAUUCGGCUGACUUGUUCUACAAUACCACGUUUUUCAUGAAAGCCGAAUUGGUGUUCUGGUAUAACUUUGUUACGAUGGAGAAUAGGAGAUAUCUUUAAAAGCAAAAUUCUUUCGAAUAAUUUGAAAAUGCAGGGUAUUAGGCUCAUUCGUCUGUAAGAAGGCGCCUGUGUGUGUACUUUCCUUGUUUGGAUAUCAAUAGCAACUGCGACUUGUUCCACGCGUUUGGAAAGUAGCUCAGAAUGACAUUUAAGAGUACAGAGAGCAAUGCUAGGGCAACACUUGGUAGCUCUUUUAGCAUUUUCGGUGUAAUAAGGUCAUGGCCUGGAUAUUUGUUUGGAUUCGAUUGCUGAGACGCAUUUACUACUGCCGGGGUUGAUAUUUUAACCGUCUCUUGAGUUUCAAAACCAUUCUCAAUUAAUUCAUUUAGAUAUUAUUUUUAGAUGCCCAGUUCCCGAGCACACGCGGACAUACAACCUAUAUAUAGCAAAUAGAACUCAUAACAACAUAUCAUGAUUUUCUGAAAAACGUUUGAAUUCAAUGUUAAUUGUAUCGUUUCUUGAAGUGUCCUUUUGCAUUUAUUUUGUCAGUAACUUUCAACAGGUUUAUUUCUGCAAUCCCACAUUUUCUGAUAUCAGCUGCUUAAAAUUCCCUGAUGUGGCAGUGCACUAACAUAUCAGGAAACACAUUUGAGAGUAAAAUGAGGGAAAAUGAUAGAGUCUCGCUUCAUGACAUUGUUGAACAUAAACUUACGAAAUGAAAACUAUGGCGUAUGGCAUACAGCAAUUAAAAUAUCCUAGAUCUAUUGAAAUACAGUAAAGCCUCUACUUGUGGACACCUUCAUAAACGGACCCCUCUAUUAACCGCACAAAUAUUCAGAGACCAAGGUGUCCGUUAGGUUUCCAGAACAAAAUCCAAUCUAACAACCGGACACUCCCCUGACCGGAAGCGGAUACUGUUUUUUAACGGACAAGAAAAUUUAAUUACUGAAUGAAAGUGUAAGGAAAAUAAUAAAAAAAUUAUUAUCAAUAUAAAAAUAUUAAUAUUUGCAUCAGAAAGUCUCUAACAAACAAUCGUAAAAAAAUUGACAAUUUAAGCAUUAAUAAAUAUGUAUGUAUUUACACAAAAAAUGUUUAUGCUGUCUGUGCUUUGCCAAGCGCUAGACAGAAGCAAAUCAAAGCAACUAUACUGGUUGUUCAAAGGAUCUGCCAGUACUUACGGUGCAACCCUUCGCUAACAUGUCUUGUCUCUGACGCAUGUGCAAACAACUUUUCAAAAACUAUUUUUUUCCACAAACAACUAUUAGCUAUUAUUUAGUUUUUAAAAAUCAAAAAAUACUGAUGGCUGACUUAGACUUGUAGUUCUCUUACUCUCGCUAGGGCUACCAGUGUUAGCCAUUAAUCUUGACAGGGCCGCUAUCACUGUAGUUGGCUUUUUCAAAAUGCGCUUUGAAACUGAGCCUCGUAUCAAUCAUAACGCCAAGGUACCUCAGUGAAGUUUGCGUUGUAACCUUGUAUCCAUCGAUGUUGAUGAAGGUGACCGUUUCUAGUAUUUUUCUGAUCGUGAUAAGCACCGCUUACUCUUUUCUCCGGCAAGCUGCAGCUUAAUUUCCGCGAGCCAAUACUUGAUUUUGCUUUGAAAGCAUUUUUCGCGUCAAGUGAGAUAACUGCGCAAUAUUUUUAAUCGCCAUGCAUCCAUCUGGUUCCUCUAUUGCCUUGGCAACAAUGUCAGCCAAUAUUCCGACUGCGCCUACGGUGGAUCUAGCUAUGUUUUCUAAAUCCAAAUUGCUUUUCAGACAAGCCAAACAGCUCUCCUUUAGGUGACAUUCCAGUGAUGUGCAUUACUAUUUUAUUUGCAUCACCCCACGAAAUUUCAUCCAACUUUUUGAUAGUGGAACCAUUAUCAAAUGUUAUAAGAAAUGUGUAUUUUGACAGCGUUCUCUCGAAUCAAAGAUUAUCACGUUAUGCAUGGUGCUGCCAAUGUUUAACCGUAAUAAGCAUUUUUACUUUCUACCUAGCACAUAAUCGCCAUACGUGUUUUAAACUGAGAUACGACUGUUACUUUUUGAUUAAGAUAGUGAAAAAUCGAUAACUUUUAACAAAUUUUAAAUGGCGAUGAUAUAAUGGUCUAUUCUACUGCUGAAUCAGUGACUAUUGGCUUUGUGCCAAAGGUACCUUUUUUCUAUGUGUGUAGUUGGGUGGAAAAAUGUACUAUGGUGUUAGCUAUGAACUAUUGAUAUAUGAAAUUCAAAACUAACGCUCAUCCAACGCUUAAAUGUUUUUAUUUAUAUUCAAAAUAUAUACAAUUCAAAGCAAAUACUUUCCUUCGAUAGAGUAACUGAAGAAAUUGCAUUCAUUAGAGGUUUUGCUUUGAAUUUAAAACUUUAGCCAGCGUACUAGUUAUCAGGUAUACUUGUAUUGCAACUACGUAUGUAUAUCUUUUCAAUAACUUUGUACAUACAUACAUAUGUACAUAUCAUUACAGGAUAAUGUUUAUCUUCAUGUCUUCAUGAUGUCCGGUGAUUGGAAAAAAUUUUGAACGCAUUUAAAGAACUCCAUGAUUAUUGGGCACAUCACUUACAAAAACACCAUGGUUGCUUUCAAUAAUACAUAUAAGGGAGGAAAAUUUAUUUUAGACCAAUGUUACGGUAUUUUAAAGACAUGAUGGUGAAAUACAUAUGUACAUACAUAUCGCUCAUUUGCUGCAAGACCGGCAUAAGUCAAAAAAAUCGAUUUGCCAGAAAACGCGUUAAAAGUUUUCAACUGACUCCAACCUUACACGGAAAACAGGAAUCAUAUUCUCUUCUCAAGCGGAGCAUAUAAGAGGUAUUCAUAUGAAUUUUUCACUCAGCAUAAAGUAUGAUAUAACGAACAAUUCUGCAUCAUUAACUCAAAAAUCACGUUUUUUGAUUUAUGCCAGUCUUGCAGCAAAUGAGCGAUAUGUAUAUUUACCAAAAAUUUAGAACAAAACGGUUUUUAGUGCAUUUACGUUACGCAUCAUAUGUGUAAUGCGGGAACUUUUUGGUCCCUCAAUUACUGUAAUCAAAGAUGAUGUUAUUUAUUUGAAUUAAGGACAUGAAACUUUACAUUUAAAGAUUACAGUAUAUUGAUUAAUUCAUUUUAUUGUUUUUGAUAUGUAAUUGAUACUUAAUGAAACCAAAAGAAAAUCAUAUUAAAAUAAAACACGUUAUUACAUAAUUUUCUUUAGGAUUAAAAAGAUCGCUUCAUUUGUUAAACGCCAUAAAUAAAAAAAAUUAUAAUAUCACAUAAUUGUUCCUAAGAGCUAUAUACAUACAAAAUUUAAAGUUUAGUGGCACUUACUAAUCAUCUGAAUGGAAUUCAAACUUAACCAUUCACAUUUUCGUAACUCUGCAUAUUUAUGUACAUAUGUGAGAAAUGUCCGCCUUGACCAUCUGGCCAAGAACGGCAAACAAUGGCCAAACUUCUUUUGUUAGUUUUCCACCUCGUCUAUAAUAUUAUAUGUGAACGUGGUCUAAACGAAGAAGAACGAGAAGUGGAAGAAGUAGUUUCAAAUGUGGAAGACAAGGGCUCCGUUUUGCAGCUUUAUUAAGUAAAAUUUUGAAAUUUAAGACUGUCAAUCAAAUAGAGUAGCUUGGUAAAAUUCUGAUGCUCGGAUUCACCACGAACAAUGUCAAAAUUUCGCUUUCAAAAUUUUCAUUUUCUUUAUAGUAUAACAAUGUUUUGAUAGAUAACAUGUGUAUGUAUGUAUGUAAAUACAAGAUUUGAAGCCUCAAGUAAACUCUGAUAACUCCUUUUUCAAAAUGUUAUCGUAGUAAACUUUCUUACAUUAAAUUCGUACUGAAAACUACACUUUAAAUUCACUACGCUUGCAGAACCUAAUGUUAAAACGUUAAUUAAAGCCACAUUUUUACUAAACAUAUGUAAGUAUGUGGCUUGGAAAUACGUUUUCUUUUCUUUCGGUUUCUCACGAUAUUUUGGUAUCAUUUAUAUAGCUGUAAGUUUCGUAAUUGUUAAAUAGAUUUCAUAGUUUUUCUCUAUAAAUAUGAGAAAAUAAUUACACUGUGCGUCAACAGAUCAACUGCCCUUUUCGUCCAGCCGAUCAAACAUAAUCUGUUUUGAAGGGAAAAUUUAAUUUCGAAGACCCAGGCAGAUAAAAAUUUUAUUUCCACGCCUUGCAUAAAGAGGAGGACUAUUUUGAACGCUUAAAGGUCGGAGGUGUAAUACCUGUAGUGUGGGGAGUCACAUCAUAUUUUGACAAAUAAAAUGGCAGUUUUUAACGCCAAAAAUGAAUGCAAAUAAGUAUAAUUACAUACUCAAAAACUGCUUUUCUCCUUUCAAAAAUAAAUUUUGCAAUCUAGAAUAAUCUUUCCAGCACAACAUUGCCCCAAUUCUCGCCGACCAAUCAAAACAUCAAUAAAAAAAAAAUGUCUAAAUUAAUAAAACUUUUAUAUAUUACUUAAUAACAGAACAACUGUUCAUCUUUAUUGCCAUUUUAAGACUAAACUUUAAUUGGUCUUUUCUUAUAAUCUAAACUCUACUGCCGACAUAGACCGUGGCGAGAAAGUUGUUGCGACACUUGCAGCGCGCGAAUUAAUGUGAAAUUUCCAACAGCGAAGCGAGCAAUAGAUCAAACUAAAAUUCCUUCGAAUUUUGGUCAGCACGCGCAUUGUUUCAGGAAUCGUGCGGACAUUCAAUUUCUGUAGAAUUUUGAUCUGCUCGCGCAUUGUUGCGGGAAUCGCAAAAAUUCUUGUUAAUUUCAGAAAUGAGAAAUUUAGGCGUUAACUUCUAUCAUCAGGAGUAACCGCCUUCCUCCCUGUUCUAAAUAUAAUGAAGAAUGUCAGGGAAGUAUUGGUAGAAUUCCCCCAAAGCGUAACCAGUCGACGCUAUAAUGAUUUCUUCCUCAACCAUCACAUUAUACAUAUUUUAUUAAAAAACUAAAUGAUUCCUUCCUAAAUGAGUUUGCACCUGCUGAUAGAUCUCUUCAAAAGAACGUUUUCAACCACUCCAAAAUGCUGUUCUCUUUUU